AUUAUAAUGAUUAUACUUUUUUGUCCACCUACAGACUCUGGUACAUCCCUUGCAUUACGUUAAAAAAACAUACAUCAGUGCAAAAAACACGCUGAGCUGAAAUCUCGCGAGCUCUACCUCCCGUUUGGAACCCACCCUAAAGCGUUGCCUUACUGCAGUGUGUGUAUAUAGGAGGGAGGCGAGGGUUACAUUGGGAAUCUCGGAAGAGUUGCGGCAAGGUCGAUAGAGCAUCCUACUCUAAAAAUCACCACACCGCGGAUUUUAUUCGCUUUCGUACAAGUGUGCGGAAAGCUAGAGGACCGAGAGGCGUCUCGGAGAUUUCAUCUCUUGACGAGUAGCGUUGGCUAGGGUUGAAAGUUGAUGCCUUGUUUUCAUCGCUGAGAGCGUAUAGUGAGGCAGCUAUCAAGCCAUCCUUCUCCAUUUGUAGCUCUGCAUGUUUUGUGGUUGUGCUACCUUUUUGAGAGAAGCAGAAGUGGCAUUCGCUUUUUUCUGAAUUCGAAAGCACCGCGUUUCUUUGGGAGCAAGUAUCCAGACGGUCUUCCACCACUUGGGCGGUACUAGGAGUGUGAGCUGAUUACUUCUAUGUCGGAAAGAACCGGGCUUUAGAAGCAGUGUAAUUUUGCUAUUGCACACGAGUUGUGCCGGACAUUUAGAUAGGUAUUUGUUUCUGAAAGGUCCUUAAUUCACCGGUAAUAUUUGCAAUGUCGGCGCCAUCCUCCUUGCCUCCCGCCCAGGGAGAGAACCCCGCGCCAGAAAAUGAGGGGCUGACCGUGGAUACAGGUUUGAAGCCCGCCGGCCCGACACCCAGCUCGAGUCGGUUCCAGGUGGACCUGGUGGCUGAAGCAGCCAGUGCCGCUGACAAAACGCUCGCAUCUGGCGAUAAAGACACUCCCGCCCCCGAAGGUUCGGAGCCAGCGGCGGGUGGCGAGGAGGCAAAGGGUCGGUUCCGGGUGGUGAACUUUGUGGAUCCGAGUGGAGCAAGCCCACCAGAAGCAGUGCCCGCUGAAGGUUUCCAGAAUGGAGACACCGUGAUGAGCGAGGGCAGCCUACAUUCUUCGACAGGAGGCCAGCAUCACUACCAUUACGACACCCAUACGAACACCUAUUACCUAAGGACUUUUGGUCAUAACACCAUCGAUGCCGUGCCGAACAUCGAUUUCUACCGGCAAACUGCUGCGCCGCUGGGGGACAAGCUGAUAAGACCCACCCUUUCUGAGCUGCACGACGAGCUAGACAAAGAGCCGUUUGAGGAUGGCUUCGCCAACGGGGAUGAGCUGACCCCGGCCGAGGAGGCCGCAGCCAAGGAGGCGUCCGAGCCGAAGGGAGCGGUCAAGUUCGGAUGGAUCAAAGGGGUGCUGGUGCGCUGCAUGUUGAACAUUUGGGGCGUGAUGCUCUUCAUCCGCAUGUCAUGGAUCGUUGGCCAGGCGGGAAUUGUUCUCUCCUGUGUGAUCGUUCUCAUGGCAACAGUUGUGACCACCAUCACCGGCCUUUCGACCUCAGCGAUUGCGACCAACGGCUUUGUACGAGGAGGAGGGGCGUACUAUUUGAUAUCAAGAAGUUUGGGCCCAGAGUUUGGCGGCUCCAUCGGUCUGAUCUUCGCCUUUGCCAACGCUGUGGCCGUCGCCAUGUACGUGGUGGGCUUUGCCGAAACCGUCGUGGAGCUCCUUCUGAGUGUGGAUUGCGUCAUGACGGAUGAAAUCAAUGACAUCCGAAUCGUCGGCACCAUCACAGUCAUCCUUCUCCUGGGUAUCUCCGUGGCAGGGAUGGAAUGGGAAGCCAAGGCUCAGAUUUUCCUGCUGGUCGUUCUGAUCACGGCCAUCUUUAACUACUUUAUUGGCUCCUUCAUCCCCCUCCAAUCCAAGGAGUCGCAGGGCUUCUUCGGCUACAACAGUGCAAUUAUGAUGGAGAACAUGGGUCCGGACUUCCGGGGCACAGAGUCGUUUUUCUCAGUCUUUGCCAUAUUCUUCCCUGCAGCCACUGGCAUUCUGGCCGGCGCCAACAUCUCAGGAGACCUUUCUGACCCACAACUGGCCAUUCCAAGAGGAACACUCUUGGCCAUUCUGAUCACCGGUAUUGUCUACCUGGGUGUUGCAAUUUCUACUGGCUCGUGCAUCGUGAGAGACGCCACAGGAAACGGCAACGACACACUCAGCGCCCAGUUCAUGGCCAACUGCACCGACGCUGCAUGCAAGUUCGGCUAUGACUUCUCCUCAUGCAAGAGUGAAGACGGCAAGUACAACUGCAGAUACGGACUCCAGAACGACUUCCAGGUCAUGAGCAUCGUGUCCGGUUUCGGACCCAUCAUCACCGCCGGGAUCUUCUCCGCCACUCUGUCCUCUGCCCUGGCCUCUCUGGUCAGCGCCCCCAAAGUGUUCCAGGCUCUAUGUAAAGACAACAUCUACCCUGGCCUGGAGAUGUUCGCCAAGGGCUAUGGCAAGAACAACGAGCCCCUCCGCGGCUACAUCCUCACGUUUUGCAUCGCUCUGGCCUUCAUCCUCAUUGCCCAGUUGAACGUUAUCGCUCCCAUCAUCUCCAACUUCUUCCUGGCCUCCUAUGCUCUCAUCAACUUCUCUGUGUUCCACGCCUCUCUGGCCAACUCUCCAGGAUGGCGCCCCAGCUUCAAGUACUACAACAUGUGGGUGUCCCUGGCCGGAGCCGUGCUGUGCUGUGUGGUCAUGUUCGUCAUCAACUGGUGGGCAGCCCUGAUGACCAACGUCAUUGUCAUGGGCCUCUACAUCUACGUGAGCUACAAGAAGCCCGAUGUGAACUGGGGCUCCUCCACCCAGGCUCUGACAUACCACCAGGCCCUGACCCACAGUCUGCACCUCAGCAGUGUUGAGGACCACAUCAAGAACUUCAGACCUCAGUGCUUGGUGAUGACGGGCUACCCCAACUCCCGUCCGGCUCUGCUCCACCUGGUCCACGCUUUCACCAAGAACGUGGGCCUGAUGAUCUGCGGCCAUGUUCGCACGGGCUCCAGAAGGCCCAACUUCAAAGAGCUGUCCAACGACCAGACACGUUAUCAGCGCUGGCUGAUGAAGAACGAGACCAAGGCAUUCUACACCCCCGUGUUCGCCGAGGACAUUCGAGAGGGCACCCAGUAUCUGCUACAGGCUGCUGGACUAGGUCGUCUGAGGCCCAACACUCUGGUGAUUGGCUUCAAGAACGACUGGAAGGACGGAGACAUGAUGAACGUUGAGACCUACAUCCAGAUGAUCCAUGAUGCUUUUGACUAUCAGUAUGGUGCCGUGGUGCUCAGACUGAAGGAGGGUCUGGAUGUGUCCCACAUCUCAGAACAAGAUGACCUGCUGUCGUCGCAGGAGAAGACAUCGGGGAUGAAGGAUGUGGUGGUGUCCAUCGACAUGAAGGACUCUGACGGAGAUUCGUCCAAGCCCUCGUCCAAAGCCACCAGCGUCCAGAACAGCCCAGCCAUCCAGAAAGAUGACGAUGAUGAACGCAAAGCCGCAACGAAGCCGCUGUUGAAAAAAGUCAUGCGCUUUCGAAAAACCGUGGAACCUGAGAAAAGACCCCAGACGUUGAACAUGGCUGACCAGAGGCUGCUGGACGCCAGUCAGCUGUUCAAGAGGAAACAAGGCAAAGGCACCGUGGAUGUGUGGUGGCUCUUUGACGACGGCGGCCUUACCCUGCUCAUCCCCUACCUGCUCACCAACAAGAAGAAGUGGAAUGACUGCAAGAUCCGCGUCUUCAUCGGAGGCAAGAUAAACAGGAUCGACCACGACCGCAGAGCGAUGGCCACACUGCUCAGCAAGUUCAGGAUAGACUUCUCCGACAUCAAUGUACUGGGAGACAUCAACACCAAGCCCAAAAAAGAGAAUGUGACUGCCUUUGAGGAGAUGAUCGAGCCGUACCGGCUGAAAGAGGACGACAUGGAGCAGGAUGCGGCGGAGGCACUGAAGGCCAGCGAGCCCUGGAGGAUCACAGACAACGAGCUGGAGCUCUACAGGGCCAAGACUAAUCGUCAGAUCAGACUGAACGAACUGCUGAAGGAGCACUCGAGCACAGCCAACCUCAUUGUCAUGAGCAUGCCCCUGGCCAGAAAGGGAGCGGUGUCCAGUGCUCUCUACAUGUCCUGGUUGGAGACUCUGUCCAAGAACCUGCCUCCCCUCCUCCUGGUGCGAGGCAACCACCAAAGUGUCCUCACCUUCUACUCUUAAAUACACACACACACACACACACACACACACGCUGCCUCUGGGACCGCCCACACCUCCCAUCCCAGUGCCAGCCCUAAGACAAACCAUACACACUCCAAUGAAGGUAGAAACCGUAGCCAUUGAUGAUGCUGAUAAUGAUAAUAAUAAAGGAUAUGGUGUUGCUCCGGAGGUCCAGCCUCUUAUGUGAAAGGGUCAGGGAAGUCCACGCUACUCUUUUCAAAUUGUUCACUGCACAUGAAAGAAGUGAACAAUUUAAUUUACUCCAAAGUUGAUUUCCUCUCUGGCUUGAAAGCAUCUGUGCACGCGAUUCACACAACGUUAUUAUCAUUAUUGUUAUUAUUAGUCAGAUUCUUCUCGAUGUCACGUUUUUAAGUUAGAUAAUUUUUGCUUUUCUCAAAGCAGCAAUAAGCACCAUCUAAUUUUUUCAUUUUCUUGUGUUUGGGAGAGAACAAUGCCGAAUGCUUUGCUACACCUUUUAUAGCCUUAUGGAUGUGCCUUCCAGUUUAAAUCAAAGGAAUUAAAUUAUUAAUUGCUCUACCCACAUUGAACGGUAUGAAGAAUAUAGAUGGACAAGUUAUUUUGUUAUUGGGUUUUUAAAUGUAAUCUUUGUUUUUACUGAGGAUUGUUUUUAUGCGAGUGGAUUGUAGGAGGUUAGCAAAGUCUCCACUUGAUGGCACACAAAGCUUUAUGGUGUUUUAUUUCUCCCCCCUAAACGGUUUGUUUUCUGACCUCUGAUUCAUUUUUUUUCUCCACAUUUGUAUUUGUCUUCCUUUAAGCUGUGGAAAUGAAACGGUGUUCUUAGUGCAGCACCCUGUACUUACUUUAUAGUGCUUCAACUCUGGAAUUCGAUUGGUUGGUGCCCAAGAAUGGUCUCUUAACAGAAAGCUAUCUGCAGGUCUACGCUUGGAAGGUCCAAGGGCCUUCCUACCGCGCUGUCAGAAAUGGGUUUAGCUUCGGAUUAGCCUCGUCAUGCCAGUUGUCUCACAAAAGCUGCUAACACGAACAAGUGUUUCAACCAAAAGCAACGACCCCCCGGCUGAGUUCUUAGUCCACGUCCCCACUGGACUUGAGUAGGUUCCCCUCUUUGAAGUCUGUCACCAUAGUGGAAUCUAUGGGCUGAAUCCUAAUUUGAGAUGCUCCAAUUUUACUCACACUUUUUGCGGAAUUUGUGUAUUGAUGUCUAAAGGAGACUUAAAAGGCUGAGUUGAUAAUGCAUAUCUCAAGUUAGGACACUGCCCCUCGGUCCCCCACAUUGGAGUGACUCUAGAAAGGAACUGGUCUAGCCCUUACAACCGAAUUAAGACUUUGCCUUAACUUUGCUGAGUGUCUGUUCAGAGUUCCGUGGCUGUUCUGUUAGGUUGUUCAAAAGUGGGGAAAUGAUAAGUAGAAGCUAUGGAUUAGCAUGUUUCAAGAGGGAACUGAUACAGGCCUUUAUGCAGAUGAGCUACUGUAAUAAGAACUUGUUGUAAAAGCCCAUACCUGGUUUAUUUGAAAGGUUCCACUGUCCCUCAGUUCCGUUUUUGCACCUUUUAGGCUGGUCCAUAUACCUAUUGUCAGCCCGCUUUUCCAUUGUUCCGGGAGAGUUAAAGUUGUGGUGCGCACCGUACCAUGUGGGCCCUUCUCUCGGGGGUGAAAAUGGCCCAAACUAGGUGGCCAUGUUAAGUUACUCGUUCUUUAACUCGUUAAUGAGGGUCUUAGAAUAUGAACUGCCGAAUGCUACUGGAUCAAAACAGCGUUAUUUGCGUUUUAUAAUGUACAGUAUUGCCCACGCCUUACCCAACACGCUGUCUAUAGGUCAUAGCAUUGACCACGUCAUUGCCCCGCUCUUCCCUAGUUCUCAUCCUUUAUGACUUUUUUGGCAGGAGGCUUGGGUCCGUUGAAUGUAAAUCUGAUAAACACUAAAGUGGGAGUCGAUGAAGGGAUGGUCUCUCAUUCUGUUGCUUUUAUUGUCAUCUGCUGCCGUGCCGAGUUUUUAGAUUUCAGUCCCACAUGGAAAUCCACAUGCAGUGUGCUUUGCAUUUCCGGUUCCUUGUACUAUGACCACCCACACGAUUGCAUCUCACCAUUCUGUCCUUUAUCUAGACCAUGACUACGCCAUGUGAUUAUGAAUGAAUAUAUAUAUAUAUAUAUAUAUAUAUAAUCUCUCGUGUGUGUGUAUGUAUAAUAUAUAUAUACAUACUAGUGUAUAAAAAUAUUUAUUUCAAAUAUGUGCAAAGCAUGUCAUUAAUGAUCUUUUUAGAAAUCCGAUGGUACAAUCUUACUAACCAAGAUCUGUUCUGUGUACCGGUGUGUAAAGCACUCAACCCUCAGUUACUGUUACAAAGCGACAAUGUUACAAACAAAACACGGGUUACUCUACAUUUAUAUUUAAAUAUAUGAAUUUAAAAAAAAUGUAUCAAUCCAACCGGGCGGGGAUCUUUGUCGUUGAUGUCACGUAAAAAUACAAAAAACUUGCUAUUGGUAUGUCACAACCAAAUAAGGUGUGUUAGUGUGUUAUUUAAUUUUUUUAAAUCUAUGUAUAGUUAGAUGUAGAAUGUGGGGGUGUGAUGAGUCUAAUACUGUAACAUCCUCUCAAUGUCAUUAUUUAGCAGUAUCUUGACGCUACUAUGCUUUGUCCAAGAGACCAAAACAUGUCGCCUGCAACUGGUGUCUACAUCAUGUUGAGGCAUCUUCAUCAUCUUUGUAUUUGUAGCCAAAGUCGUCGUCCCCCCCCCCCCUCCUCUUCUUCCUCAUCCCCUCCCAUCUGUGUUUGAGUUGUUGUGAGCCAUGACAAUAAAUGAAGAAAAGCAUCGGUCAAAAAUUCUCAUGACUCAGAACCCUUAGUUCACACUGUAACUCAAAGAAAAACUAACAUGUAAAUAAAAAAUGUAGUAGUCUAACUAGAUAAAUUAAGGGAGUAGAAUAUUAAUGGCAAGUUAAUAUGGAGAAAGAUAUUUAUUUUAGUUUAGAAUUCUCCACGUUCUUUUAUUUUUUUUGUUUUAAAUUAAUUUGCAUGUUAAUUUUUGCAUUUUUGAUCAACAAAAAAAACAUUUUCAGUUUCUCUUUUUCAGACAUUUCUAUCUUUUAUAUGCCUUUGAACGAAAAUCUGUGUUGACAAAGCGGUUUAAAGAUGCUCUUCCAUCUGGGUAGAUAUGAUCUACCUAGAUGUGAUCUACCCAGCUGGUUGAAACAGUAAUGUUUUGAUAUACUGUACUGUUAACUGUCACAGAUGUGCUUUUUUUCUAACAUUUUAACAUUUUAAGGUUACCAAUACUUUGUACAUCUAUUGCAAUAAAUAAAUUAAAUGAAUCAAUCAUUA